CUGACUGAGAUGACCGGCCUGGCGCCCCUCCUGCUGGCCACGCUGCUGGGCGGCCCCGCGCUGGCCUCGGAGAUCGUGGGAGGCCAGGCGGCCCGGCCCCACGCGUGGCCCUUCAUGGCGUCCCUGCAGCAGCGCGGAGUCCACUUCUGUGGGGCCACCCUGAUCGCCCCGAACUUCGUCAUGUCGGCUGCGCACUGCGUGGGUGACUUUAACCCCCAGUCGGUGCAGGUGGUGCUGGGGGCCCACGACCUGGGCCGGCGCGAGUCCACCCGGCAGACGUUCGGGGUGCAGAGGAUCUUCGAGAACGGCUUUGACCCCACCACCCUGCAGAACGACGUCCCACCCUCACAGCUCAGCGGGUCGGCCACCAUCAAUGCCAACGUGCAGGUGGCCCAGCUGCCUGCCCAGGGCGACCGCGUGGCUGCCGGAACCCAGUGCCUGGCCAUGGGCUGGGGUCGGCUGGGCACAAACCGGCCGCCGCCCAGAGUCCUGCAGCAGCUGAACGUGACCGUGGUGACCGCCCUCUGCCGCCGGACCAACCUGUGCACCCUGGUGCCGCGCCGGCAGGCCGGAAUCUGCUUCGGGGACUCCGGAGGGCCCCUGGUCUGCAACGGGCUGGUCCAGGGAAUCGACUCCUUCAUCCGCGGAGGCUGCGGCACCGGGACGUAUCCAGACGCCUUCGCGCCUGUGGCACAGUACGCAAACUGGAUCAGGUCCAUCAUCGGCCGCCAACUUCCACCCUAGGGCCCCCUGGGCAGGAUGCUCUGACAGGGCUGCCCCGUUUCCCCGCCUCACCGACCCUGCUGGGCCCUCCCCCGCUGCUUCACCCGCCACCUGCCACAAUUAAAAAGAGGCCCCGUGGGUGAGAGAAUGUGUGCCUUCAACUGGGGGGAGG